GCGGGUGGCGCAAGCGCCCGACCUCGGCCCCUCCCGGCGGCGCGCGACGCGCCUGACCUCAGCCCCUCCCGGCGGUGGGCGGCAGGGAAGCAGAUCGGCGACAGGCAACGGCGAGGCGGCCGCAAACCAGCGAGCAGCACCUGACCCCGUGCUACUCGUCUGUCGUCUCCCCCUCGCUCCCGUUUCGCGCAUCUUGUUCCCCUCCGCAUGUUCUCCUGCGCUCGCACGCGAUGCGGCAUCGCAGCCGCGCGCUCGUCGCGGCUGCUCGUCCUCCUAGCGCCUCCCCCCACCCUGCGUCUUGUGCGGCGGCGGCAAGUCGCUGCGCGGCGUCCCCUGUGGCCUCCUAUCCGAAUUGGAAGCACAUCGCUGGGAGCUGAGGCGGCGCCCUGUGGUCUCCUAUCCGAAUUGGAAGAAAAUCGCCGAGACAUCUGAAAAUUGUUGGGCUAUAUCCAACGUGUUGUCGCCGAGACUUUCCUCGCCGUGGACGACGUUGUCGGCUUUGCGUCCUCUCGUGCAGCACCUCUGCUGUCACCAGCAGCCAGUCCUCCUUCGGCGCGAUGGCGGUGGAUCUAACCCCGAGGCAGCCGAAGAAGACAUACGGCGGUGAGGGCGGUGCCUACUACGAGUGGAGCCCCGCCGACCUGCCCAUGCUCGGCGUCGCCUCCAUCGGCGCGGCCAAGCUCUCGCUCGCCGCUGGCGGCCUCUCGCUCCCCAGCUACUCCGACUCCGCCAAGGUCGCCUACGUGCUUCAAGGCACGGGUACCUGCGGCAUUGUCCUGCCCGAGGCCACCAAGGAGAAGGUCGUCGGCGUGAAGGAGGGCGACGCCCUGGCGCUCCCCUUCGGCGUGGUGACCUGGUGGCACAACGCCCCCGACGCCACGACGGAGCUCAUCGUCCUCUUCCUCGGCGACACCUCCAAGGGCCACAAGGCCGGCCAGUUCACCAACUUCCAGCUGACGGGUGCCAACGGCAUCUUCACCGGCUUCUCCACCGAGUUCGUGGGCCGCGCCUGGGACCUCACCCAGGAUGACGCCGCCAAGCUCGUGUCCAGCCAGCCCGCAUCGGGCAUCGUCAAGCUCGGCGCCGGGCAGAAGCUCCCCGCCCCAUCUGCGGAGGACCGCAAGGGCAUGGCCCUCAACUGCCUGGAGGCGCCGCUGGACGUGGACAUCAAGAACGGCGGGCGCGUGGUGGUGCUCAACACCCAGAACCUGCCGCUGGUGAAGGAGGUCGGGCUCGGCGCCGACCUGGUCCGCAUCGACGCCCACUCCAUGUGCUCCCCGGGGUUCUCGUGCGACUCGGCGUACCAGGUGACGUACAUCGUCCGCGGCAGCGGGCGCGUGCAGGUCGUGGGCACCGACGGCAAGCGCGUGCUGGAGACCCACGUCGAGGGCGGCUACCUCUUCAUCGUGCCCCGCUUCUUCGUCGUCUCUAAGAUCGCUGACGCCUCUGGCUUGGAGUGGUUCUCCAUCAUCACCACCCCCAACCCCAUCUUCAGCCACCUGGCGGGGAGGACGUCGGUGUGGAAGGCGAUCUCGCCGGAGGUGCUGGAGGCCUCGUUCAACACGACGCCGGAGAUGGAGAAGCUGUUCCGGUCCAAGAGGCUGGACUCCGAGAUCUUCUUCGCCCCCAACUGAGGAGCCCCCGCCACCAUUGCCGCCCGAUCCACCAGCAGUCUCGAUGUCGUCGUCGGUCUUCGUUAGCUUAGCUCGAUAAGAAUAAUAAUAGAGAGCUGCGGUGGGGUCUGUCGGUGGCGGCUUCCUUCGU